AUGAACUCCAUUAAGCGCAUGGGCGGAAAGAUGAUGAAGCGGUCCGACGAUCAGCAAGAUGUCGGCGCUGUCAUUAGCGAGUUCAAGUCGACGGAGAACAUGCUCGACCGCCUUGCCCGCGACCUCAAAACCUGGCGCGAAAGCUGGGAAGACAUCCUUAAAUACCAAUCAGACGCCGCCGAAGCAUUUGUGACCCUCUACAAACCCAUCCCAAUUCCUGCCGACGUGGACCUCCCACAACACUACACUCCCGUUGAGACACCUCAAUCCACCCUCCAACGUACCGUUGGACUCCACAAAGCCCACGCCGAUUCGAAGACCGACUUGCAGCAGGAGAUCGCGCAGAUUCAGUCAAAGCUCAUUCGACCGGUGGAGGAAGCGAAGAUAGCACUUCGAGGAUUACAACGCACCCUGAAACAUCGGGAGAAUAUGAAGCUGGAUUACGAACGAUACCUGAGCCGUGCGGAACACGCGAGGAAGAAGGAGGCCAAGACGGUCAAAGAUCAGACGAACUUGGCUAAGUGCGAGGGAGACUUGGUGCAGGCGAAGAUUGAUUAUCAGACUGCGGACGAGCAGGUCAAACAGACGUUCCCGCCAGUGACGGAUGCGGUGCUGGCGUUGAUGCCGUAUCUUCUGGCGGGUCAGGUCAUGCUGCAGACGACGCUGGUUGGGCAGCUGUAUACCGUUCUGGACGCUUACUGCAAGAGAGAGGGACUGCCUAGUCCGGCGCCGAGUGAUGCGGAGAUCAUAUCAAGGUGGGAUGCGGAAUACACGGGCUUCAGGAAGGAGGUUGAGAGUGGGUUGAAAGUCCUGGCGGGCGGAAAAGCGGUGCAUAUGAGCAUGACAUUGCCAGUGCAGGACAGCAGUACGGUGACAGGUUUGGGAAUCAGGAACAAAGCCCGCUCAGGCGUAUCGGGUCUGCCAGGCCUCAACAAAACGAAGAGCGAGCAGCCUCUAGCCCAUCUCUACGGCAACCCGCCUCCAUACUCCACCACCGCCGGCGGCGCCUCUUCCCCCUCAAUCUACCACACUCCCGUCGCCGGCCUCUCCCCCCCCGCAUCCCACACCUCCCGCAACGACUACUUCGACCGCAAAGUCUCCCAAUCCUCCCUCACCCGCACAACCAGCAAUCAAGCUCAAGCCACCACUCCCAACGGCACAGUCUGGGGCGUCGCAGCCGCCGCAGCAGCCGCAGCGAAGAAGAAACCUCCACCGCCCAUUCCCGCGAAGCGGCUCGCGUCGACGGGUGCGACGUUUGUGACGGCGCUGUAUGAUUUCGCGGGGCAGAGUGAUGGGGAUCUGGCGUUUCGGGAGGGUGAUCGGAUUCGAGUGGUGAGGAGGACGGAGAGUACGGAUGAUUGGUGGGAGGGCGAGUGUGAGGGGAGGAAAGGGCAGUUUCCGGCAAAUUAUGUGCAGAUGUAGAUACAGCUCGGGAAAGUCAGUCAC